AUGGGGUAUGGCUCCCAGGAAGUCCGUAUCACCACCUCCUUUCUACAGAAGAGGAAACCGAGGCUCAGAGAACAGCCCGUAGCCAAGAUUACAGAGCAUGUCCCUGGCACGCGUCCGGGUCGCGCCAUGACUGCGCCGGCGGUUUCGAUGGGGGCAGCCGGGGCCCCCGGCUCUGACACAUGGGGAAACCGAGGCCCUGGCGGCUGCCGGGGCCACCCGGGCUCGUCGCACCUCCCCCAGCAACUGAAAUUCACCACCUCGGACUCCUGCGACCGCAUCAAAGAUGAGUUUCAGCUGCUGCAGGCUCAGUACCACAGUCUGAAACUCGAAUGUGACAAGCUGGCCAGCGAGAAGUCAGAGAUGCAGCGUCAUUACGUGAUGUACUACGAGAUGUCCUACGGCUUGAACAUCGAGAUGCACAAGCAGGCUGAAAUCGUCAAGAGGCUGAAUGGGAUCUGUGCCCAGGUCCUGCCCUACCUUUCCCAAGAGCACCAGCAGCAAGUCUUGGGAGCCAUUGAGAGGGCUAAGCAGGUCACUGCUCCUGAGCUGAACUCCAUCAUCCGACAGCAGCUCCAAGCCCACCAGCUGUCCCAGCUGCAGGCUCUGGCCCUGCCUCUGACCCCACUGCCCGUGGGGCUGCAGCCCCCUUCGCUGCCGGCGGUCAGUGCAGGCACCGGCCUCCUCUCGCUGUCGGCGCUGGGCUCCCAGGCCCACCUCUCCAAGGAAGACAAGAAUGGGCAUGACGGUGACACCCACCAGGAGGAUGAUGGCGAGAAAUCGGAUUAGUGGGCGGCUGGGAUGGGGGCGGGGGGACAAAGGGGAGACAGACACGGAGAGAGAGGAAGAUUCAGUGUAAGACAGUAUAGCUCGGGAUUGGCUCAACUCUGGUAGUAUUUAUGGUAGCCGCCUGCUGGGGCCCUCGCCCUGCCUGUGUGCCACCCCCUGACUUGGCUCCUACCCCCAACUCCCAGCCUCCCUCCUCCUCCCCUGCAGCCUGAAUGGGUCAAUACCCGCUCAUACCACAGAUGAGGCAAGCUGAGGCCUGGAGGCACAAGUGGGAGGCCAGGUCCGAAGGGAGCAAGACCUCAAGAGGUCCAAUACCCCCUGCACUUCCCCAAUUCGCACACCUGUAACUGACAGUCAGCCCGCUGCCCCCCUGCCCCUCCCCGGGGCACACCCUGGCCUCACACCCUGGCACUGCAUGCAAACACAAUGCUAGCUGCCCCUCCCCGCCCUGGGCGCCCCGCGUCUCCCCUUCCCACUCACUCACCCUCUGCUAGUUCCCGCCGCCCACACCCACCUAGUCCUGUCCCCUCACCCAUGAAAGAAAGAGGGGCCAUGGACAGCAAGCUUCGCCCGGGGAACAGGGUGGGGUGGGCGACCCAGAAUUCCCUUUCCCCCUUUCCCAAAUAAAGAUGAGGGUACUCAA